CCGCUUACAGCUACUCAAAUGUCUACUGAAGGAAAAGUCAUCCACUGCCGCGCUGCUGUCGCUUGGGAAGCCAAGAAGCCUUUGUCCAUUGAGGAUAUUGAGGUUGCUCCCCCAAAGGCCCACGAAGUUCGCGUAAAGAUCCACUACACUGGCGUGUGUCACACCGAUGCCUACACCUUGUCUGGAAGUGAUUCCGAGGGUGUCUUCCCUGUUAUCUUGGGACAUGAGGGUGGCGGUGUUGUCGAGUCUGUUGGUGAAGGUGUCACCGAAUUCCAGGUUGGAGAUCAUGUUAUUCCUUUGUACACUGCGGAGUGCAAGAAGUGCAAGUUCUGUCUUAGUGGAAAGACCAACCUUUGCGGUUCUGUCAGAGCUACCCAGGGUCGUGGUUUAAUGCCUGAUGAGACCACUCGCUUCACCUGCAAGGGUAAGCCUAUCUUCCACUACAUGGGAACGUCAACCUUCUCCGAGUAUACCGUCGUUGCCGAUGUAUCUCUUGUCAAGGUUGAUCCUAAACCCAGCUUGCAGAAGUUGUGCUUGUUGGGCUGCGGUGUAACCACUGGUUUUGGCGCUGCUACAAGAACCGCCAAGGUUACCAAGGGCUCUACUACUGCCAUCUUUGGCAUGGGAUGUGUUGGAUUGAGUGUCGCCCAGGGUUGCAAGGCCAACGGUGCCUCGCGUAUCAUUGCUAUUGAUGUGAACCCCAAGAAGGAGAAGAUUGCUCGCGAGUUCGGUGCCACUGAUUUUGUGAACCCCAAGGAUUACCCCGAUACACCUAUUCAGCAGGUCCUUGUAGAUAUGACCGAUGGUGGUCUUGACUACACUUUUGACUGCACUGGUAAUGUUAAUGUGAUGCGUGCUGCUCUUGAGGCAUGCCACAAGGGUUGGGGUGAGUCUAUUGUUAUCGGUGUCGCUGCUGCUGGUCAGGAGAUUAGCACCCGUCCCUUCCAGCUCGUCACCGGACGUGUCUGGCGUGGAUCUGCUUUUGGUGGUGUUAAGGGCAAGUCUGAGAUGGGUAGUCUCGUACAGGAUUAUCUUGAUGGCAAGCUCAAGGUCGAUGAAUUUGUCACCCAUACCUUUGAUUUCAAGGAUAUCAACAAGGCUUUUGAUGCUAUGCAUUCUGGUGACUGUAUUCGUGCUGUCGUUACUGUCACAAAGUAAAUAUGCUUGGUGUCGCAGAUUUUAAAUGAAAAUAGUAACAAUAACAAUAAUAAUAAUAAACAACUUUUGAUACAACAA